CGAACGCGGCCCAGUUUUAGCCUCGAGAAUUUUAUCGGCCACUUUACGCUUCCCGAAAAACACACCUUUGAACCUUCUUCUUCUUCUUCUUCUUCCCCACCUCUCUACCUCAACGUUAUUUCAAGCUUUCAGUUUGAUCUUCCCUUUCUUAUUGUCAGCGUAGGUACUGUUUAUAUUCAUCGAGGACUUUGAGUAAUGGGUGGACUGCCAACUGAAAAUACUUCCUCUGCCUUGGCUCUGCCAGCCUUGCAGCCAAAUCAAGGAUCGGCUGUCACGAAGUCCGACUUGGACACUAAGCCAAAGAAGAAGAUCUGCUGUGCUUGCCCUGAUACAAAGAAGCUGCGAGAUGAAUGCAUUGUGCAGCAUGGUGAAGAUGCUUGUGCAAAAUGGAUUGAGGCUCAUAAGACGUGCCUUCGUGCAGAGGGCUUCAACAUUUGAGAUUGCUGGACAUGAUUAGCAGAAUAAAAUGAGCAUUAAACAGUUUUGAAAUGAAACCAUUACUUUAGGGGUACACAUACAGGAUGAUAUCUGAAAGUUCAAGAAUAAUGUAAGGAAGUGGAACUUCUGUUAACUGUUACUUUGAUAUUGUUUCUCGAUCUAUACCCUUUAAAUUGAUUCAGUUGGGGUAAACAUUGAUUGAUGAUUUACAAUCAGAUGACUUUACAGUC